AGUUAUAAAGAGGGUACGAGGGGGCCCGCAGGAGACCAUGCAGUCCAAGCGGGAGUGUGAGCUAUGGUGCGAGAGGGUGAAUCCAGAGAAUAAGGCGGCGCUGGAGGCGUGGGUCAGGGAGACUGGCAUCCGCCUGGUGCAGGUGAACGGGCAGAGGAAGUAUGGCGGGCCACCCCCAGGCUGGGUGGGCAGCCCGCCGCCAGCCGGGUCAGAGGUGUUUAUCGGACGGCUGCCCCAGGACGUGUACGAGCACCAGCUGAUCCCACUGUUCCAGCGCGUGGGCCGCCUCUACGAGUUCCGCCUGAUGAUGACCUUCAGCGGCCUGAACCGCGGCUUCGCGUACGCCCGCUACAGCUCGCGGCGUGGCGCGCAGGCUGCCAUCGCCACGCUGCACAACCACCCGCUGCGGCCGUCCUGCCCGCUGCUCGUGUGCCGCAGCACGGAGAAGUGCGAGCUGAGCGUGGACGGGCUGCCGCCCAGUCUGAGCCGCCACGCGCUGCUGCUUGCGCUGCAGCCGCUGGGUCCCGGCCUGCAGGAGGCGCGGCUGCUGCCCAGCCCCGGGCCGGCGCCCGCACAGAUCGCGCUGCUCAAAUUCAGCUCGCACCGCGCGGCCGCCAUGGCCAAAAAGGCCCUGGUGGAAGGGCAGUCACACCUCUGUGGAGAGCAGGUGACUGUGGAGUGGCUGAAGCCAGACCUGAAGCAGCGACUGCGCCAACAGCUUGUGGGGCCCUCCCUGAGGUGCCUACAACCAGAGGGCAGCCGAUUGUCCCUGGCCAGGGACAAGCUAGGGUCCCAAGGGGCUCGGGCUGCCCUACAGUUGUUGUGCCAACAAAUGAAGCUGGGUAGCCCAGUGUUCCUCACCAAGUGUUUGGGCACGGGACCUGCUGGCUGGCACCACUUCUGGUACCAGGUGGUGAUUCCUGGGCAUCCAGUGCCCUUCAGCGGCCUCAUCUGGGUUGUGCUGGCCCCAGAUGGGCAGGAUGGGCACGAGGUGGCUAAGGAUGCUGUGUCUGCACAGCUGCUGGAGGCACUGAGUGAGUCUGGGGCCAGCCUCUUGUGGUCUGCUGGGGCUGAGGCCGGUGUCACUGUUAAGCAGUGAACUCAUUCUCUCUCCACAGGCAGCCCUGAAUGGGCAGGCAGAGCCUGUGUCAGUUCUCAGCCCAGCGGGCCUGGGCCACCACUAUCUGACCCCAAGGGGAGGAGGGGCAUGGAUGCUGUCCCAGGCCUGACACAUCCUCCCUGUUGGGGCAGGGCCCCAUGGCACCUGGGGGCAGCUCACGUUUGGUUUAAGUUGUAGUGAGGGACCUUGCCUUCAUUGUCUUUUGUUAUUCAGGAUCUAACCUGACCCUGUGGUCGGUCUUCCUUGGCUAUUCCCUGUAUGACAUGCAUCCACCCUACCCCCUUUCACCACUACCCCCCCCCAAGCUUAGCAUGAAUCUUUGUUAUAGUCUUAAUUUGUUCUCUGUUGGUUUUUAUUUGGGGGGCCAGCUGAGCCAAAGGGUCAGAAAUUCUGCCCUUUGUCCCUACCACUGGCAUUCUGGUUUUGGCUUAUGUAUAGUUUUGAGUUGUUGUAUGCUGGUUGUAUUUAUAUUAAACCCCUGGUUAGUA